AUGAUCGAUAUGGGAGACCGUCUAAGAGGCCCUUUCUCUGGACCCACGAUCCUGCUAUUCGGUCCGCUCGCUUUGUCUUUCAACGAGGUGUCUUUCGGCCAGGUCCGUAAAAUAGUAACCGAUAACGACGAGUUCCGGUGGGCUAUCGACACCGUUUCCGAGUUCCCUCAAAUAUGGAAGUCUCUCACCACUUUUAUUCCCAGCCUCAAGACCGCGUCGGCACUUGAUCAACUGGAGGACCUGAGUGGUGCCUUUCGAACAGGGCGGCCACUCGAAAUUUCCUUCGCUCUUCCGAAUAAACUUCUCAUCCCACUGGUUAUCAUUUCCCAUCUCACCCAAUACGCCACAUUUCUGUGUAGCAGAACUGAGGGGCAACACAUUGACCCAUUCAAUGCAUCCGGAUCAGACAGAGAGACCCUCGGACUUUGUACCGGACUUCUGAGUGCCUUCGCUGUUUCUAGUACAGGCAACAAGGAAGACUUUAAGAAGUAUGCCGCCGUCGCUGUGCGAUUAGCCAUGCUAAUCGGCACUGUCAUCGAUGCCCAAGACGAGGUUGCCGAGCCCUCAAAGUCCCUUAGUGCUAUAUGGAACUCUGUAGGAAGUGGCGAGGAGCUGCAACGUAUUAUGAAGGGCUUUCCAGGGACGUACAUUUCAGUUAACUAUGAUGAGAACCGCGCCACCAUCACAACGAAGGCUUCGGCUAUUCCCAAGUUGCAACAACAGCUGAGGGGUGCUGGGCUUAUCGCUUCGGAAGUUGGUCUUUAUGGACGCUUCCAUGCUGACAUCAAUAUCGAGAAGUUGGUAUUACUCACAGAGUUUGUUGACACUCACGUCGAGUUCCAGUUCCCAGAUGCUACAUCAGGCCUUGUGCUUCCCACCCGGUCAAACUGCGGAGGCGAACUAAUCACGCGGGGUCCGCUGCACCAUCACGCGUUACAGUCCAUCUUAACAGAGGCACCACGGUGGUUUCAAACCAUGUCCACUGUCCGUGAUAAUGUUCUGAAAAACAAGGACUCGUACAUAUUAUCCUUCGGCCCUGAGCGCGCCGUGCCGCCAUCAAUUUUUCGUGAUCUCAAUUCUCAGGUAUUACAUAUGGCUGAUUUGGAGAGCACGGCUUCGCGAUGCGAUGCCUUCUCUGAGAUCGAUCUGCGACCAUUCUCCGAUAAUGACGUUGCCGUUGUGGGUAUGUCAAUCAAAGUGGCCGGCGCCGAGACCUUAGAUGACUUCUGGGACCUUUUGGUCUCCGCCAAGUCACAGCACAAGGAAGUACCAAAAGAGCGUUUUUCUUUCGAAACUGCUUUCCGCGAUGUUGACCCCAAGAGAAAGUGGUUUGGAAACUUUAUCGAGAACUACGACAAAUUUGACCACAAAUUCUUCAAGAAGACCCCUCGGGAAAGCUCAAAUAUGGAUCCUCAGCAGCGUCAGUUCCUCCAGUGCGCCUACCAAGCUCUAGAACAGUCCGGCUAUUUUCAUUCUCCAGAGCCAGACACCCAAAUAGGUUGCUUUGUUGGCGUCUGUUCCCGCGAUUAUGAUUGUAAUAUCGCUUGCCAUUCGCCUAAUGCAUUUUCUGCCACUGGUAAUCUACAGAGUUUUAUCUCUGGUAAGGUUAGCCAUUAUUUUGGUUGGACUGGUCCUGGCUUAACGAUCGAUACGGCUUGCUCCUCUUCAGCUGUAGCUAUCCAUCAAGCCUGCCGUGCGAUAAUCACCGGAGAAUGUACCGCUGCCCUUGCUGGUGGCACCAAUAUUCUCACCAACCCCUUAUGGUUCCAAAAUCUAGCCGGGGCAUCAUUCUUGAGCACAACUGGCCCAUGUAAACCAUUCGAUGCUAAGGCAGAUGGUUACUGCAGAGGCGAAGGAGUAGCUGCAGUAUACCUAAAGAAACUAUCUGCUGCUGUAGCUGAUGGUGAUCAGAUCCUUGGUCUCGUCGCAGCAACAGGUGUGCAGCAAAAUGAAAACUGUACUCCUAUCUUCGUCCCGAAUUCACCGUCUCUUGCGGAUCUAUUCCAAGCCGUUACUAAAAGGGCUCGACUCCACCCCUCUCAAAUAUCAGUUAUCGAAGCCCAUGGCACCGGUACCUCCGUUGGUGACCCGGCCGAGUACGAUGGCUUACGACAAGUGUUGGGUGGCCCUGCUUCUGGGCGGAAUAACGAUAUUCUUCUAGGAUCGGUGAAGGGCCUCGUCGGCCAUACUGAGGCCACGUCAGGGGUCGUCUCCAUGAUAAAAGUCAUGCUUAUGAUCCAAAAAGGGAUGGUCCCGGCCCAACCUGGCUUCACUUCUAUGAAUCCGGCGAUUGGGGCAACCCCAGCCGAUAAAAUGAGUAUCCCUACGAGUUUACAAAGUUGGGACACCAAAUUCCGAGCUGCCUUGAUCAAUAAUUACGGCGCCUCCGGUUCCAACGCUUCAAUGAUCCUCACGCAAUCCCCAUUUAUUAAUACCAAUAUAACAAAAGAUACCUCAAAGGUUCCGAUCAGUGUCAAGUAUCCAUUUUGGCUCGCUGGUUUAGAUGAUCAGAGUCUCCGUCGGUAUAGUAAGGCUUUCCGCAAGUUUCUCAUCAAAGAAAAUAACCCGGCAACGGACUUCUUCCUAUCUAAUAUUUCUUUCAACUUGGCCCGUCAGAGCAACCGAUCUCUUGACAAGGCAGUCCUUUUUAGCGUGCGUUCAAUAGAGGAACUUGACCAGAAGCUAAGUUCUCUGGAGAGAGGGGAUUCCGGCAUAACACCCAUUGCCCGGCCUAGUCCCAAACCUGUUGUGCUCUGCUUUGGGGGUCAAGUAUCGACUUUCGUAGGUUUGGAUAAAGGCAUGUACGAAAGAAUAGCUGUUCUGCGAAAACAUCUAAAUAAUGUCGAUGCGGUCGUUCGUCUGAAUGGCGCAAGGAGUAUCUUCCCUGGAAUAUUCGAAAAUUCACCUAUCAAGGAUACUGUCCAGUUGCAGACGAUGCUCUUUGCUAUUCAAUACUCCUGCGCACGAUGUUGGAUAGAAUCGAGGAUUAAGCCUGUAGCAGUGGUCGGCCAUAGUUUUGGCGAACUCACUGCGCUCGCCAUCUCGCAGGUGCUCUCACUAGAGGACGCUGUGAAAUUGAUAGUACACCGUGCGACGCUUGUCCGUGAUGCCUGGGGCAGUGAAAAGGGCGCCAUGAUGGCUGUAGAGGCUGACUUGGACGAUAUUGAGAAACUACUUUCGGAGUCGAACGGCAAAGUUCCGCAAGAGAAACCCGCAAGCAUUGCCUGCUACAAUGGACCACGAAACUUUACUCUAGCCGGUUCUGUCGCAGCAAUUGACGCAGUUGCUGCUACUAUCUCACCGUCGCUGAGAUCGAAGAGAUUGAAUGUAACAAAUUCGUUUCAUUGCACCCUCGUUGAUCCUCUGAUUGAGGCCUUGGAGCAAGUUGGGAAGACGCUUACAUUUCGUAAGCCGUCUAUUCCCAUAGAAAGAGCUUCUGAGUUCCCUAAUCAGGAGAGGUACACAGCCAAGUUCGUUGCCGAUCAUAUGCGUCAUCCUGUCUAUUUCGGUCAUGCCAUUGAGCGACUCUCUAAGCAGUAUCCAUCUGCCAUUUUCUUGGAAGCUGGUUCCAACUCCACCAUUACCUCUAUGGCGAGUCGUGCGCUUGGUAGUCCCGGUGAUAUUCACUUCCAAGCUAUUAACAUCACGAAUAGUGAUAAAGCGUGGGAUAACCUAGUUGAUGCGACCGUAAACUUGUGGAAGGCUGGUGCAGCUAUACAGCACUGGGCGCACCAGACUGCCCAGACGAAAGAGCAUUCUCCUCUUCUGCUACCACCAUACCAAUUCGAGCAAGCAACCCACUGGCUAGAAUUUAAGGUGCCUCCCAAGAUAGCCACGGCUUCUCCGGCACACGCGACUGGUCCGGAAAAGGGGAGGCUCCCAGAUAACCUCCUAACCUUUGUUGGCUAUCAGGAUAGUAAGAAACGGAUUUCCAAGUUUAGGGUGAAUACUAUGAUCUCUAAGUAUGAGAGACUCGUUGUUCCUCACGUUAUCGCGCAAACUGCGCCCAUCUGUCCAGCUACCGUGCAGCUUGACCUCGUCAUCGAGGCUGUUCGUGGUAUUCGAUCGGAUCUGGAAACAGCUAAACUGGAGCCACAGAUACAUAUCGUAGAAAACCAGUCACCCAUUUGUAUCAACCCAGCACGGGCUGUUUGGAUUGAGCUGGAGGAGGAAGGAACAAGUAAAAAUCCAUCCUGGAACUUUCGGGUCUUCAGCACGGACGUGCCUCAAGGAGCUGCUAAGACUCUGCAUACGACGGGUAGAGUUACCUUCUACUCAACAGAAGAUUUAACAUUGAAGCUGGAGUUCGCGCGUCUUGAGCGACUUAUUGGACACGCUCGCUGCGUUGAGCUGUUGCGGAGUGGUGAUGUUGACGAAAUCCUAUCGAAUAAAAACAUAUACAAAAUAUUCUCAGAGGUUGUUGACUACGGUGAAGAUUAUCGCGGUCUCCAGAAGUUGGUAGGCUGUGGAAACCAGUCCGCUGGUCAUGUUGUUAAGAAAUACAAUCCUGAGACCUGGCUUGAUGCUCACUUAGCCGAUAGUUUCUGCCAAGUUGCUGGUAUUUUCGUUAACUGUAUGACGGACAGAGCCUCAUCUGACAUGUACAUUGCCAACGGCAUCGAACAAUGGAUCCGCUCUCCCAAACUUCGUCCUGGCGAUGCAAGACCGGACAGCUUCCAUGUGCUCGCAACUCAUCACCCUUCAGACAAGCAGUACCUCACCGACGUGUUCGUAUUCCAUCCGGACACCGGCGCGCUGCUGGAAGCUAUCCUCGGAAUCAGCUACGUGAAGAUUCCCAAAGUCUCGAUGAGUAAGCUCCUUUCGCGUCUUACCGCCGGAGGUGCUACAGCUGCUGGGCCAUCCGAGCCAGCCAAGGUCGCAUUGUUCGAAGCUGCACCUACGGAGAUUGUUCCACCGGGUCCAGUCUCUACGAAGGGGUCCAAGCCACGAAAGGUUAAGAAGCAGUCGCCUAAGUCAAGUAUAGUCCCCAAAGUUAAGGAGAUUUUAGCCGACCUGUCUGGUCUCGAAUUAGACGAGAUCAAGGAUGAUAGUCAACUUGCUGAUCUUGGCAUCGACUCUUUAAUGGGUAUGGAGAUGGCACACGAGAUCGAGGCGGCUUUCAAGGUAACGCUGCCUGAAAGUGAGCUUAUGGAGAUUGUCGAUAUGCCUGGCCUGAUGAAAUGUGUGCAGAAGGCAGUAGGUGGAGAUUCCGCUAGCGAGACAAGUGAGCAAAGCGAAGAUGAUACUUCCAGCGACAGUGAUGCCAGGUCGUAUAGCAUUAGCGAAACAUCGUCAGGGCAUCCAACCGGUCUGACAACUCCAGCAGCUGAUUACGACAAGGAUUCAUACGACGUUCUAAGUGCUUGUGAUGAAGAGUUGAAGCUUCCUUUCGCCACGGUUAUGCAGGCCUUCAACGAAGUGAAAGCUCUGACAGAUGACAAAAUCGCUGAACAUGGGCAGGUCAACUAUUUUGACACGGUGAUGCCAUUACAGACAGAUAUGUGCGUCGCACUCACACUCGAGGCAUUCGAUCAGCUCGGACAACGUCUUCGCGAGGCGAAACCAGGGGAUAAAUUCAGUCGAAUUUCCCAUCCGAAGGAGCAUGGUCGUUUAGUUGACUAUCUGUACCUAAUGCUAGAGAAGGAGGCUCACAUUAUCAAUGUUAGCGGCGACACUAUUACCAGAACUACCACGGCAGCGCCGGUAAGGCCGAGUAAGGAGAUUCUACAGGAGUUACUAGCACGUUUCCCCGAUCAGGCAACAGCCGAUAAACUUACAUUUUACACUGGAUCAAACCUCGCAGAGGUCCUGAAAGGAAAGACUGAUGGUAUCAAAUUGAUCUUUGGUACUCCUGAGGGGCGUGAACUCGUCUCUGGCUUGUACGCAGAAUGGCCUUUAAAUCGGUUGUUUUACAAACAGAUGGAGGACUUUCUUGCAAGACUCUGCUCGAAGCUUGAUAUGAACGAGGGCCCGCUUAAGAUUCUUGAGAUGGGCGCAGGCACUGGAGGUACAACCAAGUGGCUCGUCCCCCUCUUAGCUUCAUUGAACGUGCCAGUCGAGUAUACAUUUACCGAUCUUGCACCGUCGUUCGUAGCCGCCGCACGGAAGAAGUUCAAACAGUACCGGUUCAUGAAGUUUAGAGCUCACGAUAUCGAACAGGCGCCGGCCGAUGAAUUAAUUGGAACCCAGCACAUUGUUAUUGCUAGCAAUGCUGUUCAUGCCACCCAUUCUAUUGCUGUUUCCGGAAAGAACAUCCGCAAAGCACUACGGCCUGACGGGUUUCUUAUGAUGCUUGAGAUGACCGGUACAUUGUAUUGGGUCGACAUGAUCUUUGGAUUAUUCGAGGGUUGGUGGUACUUCGACGAUGGGCGUACUCAUGCCGUCACACACGAGCUUAGAUGGGAGAAGGAUCUUCAAGCCGUUGGUUAUGGACAUGUCGACUGGACGGAUGGGGACCGGCCAGAAAAUAAAUGCGAGAAGCUGAUUAUCGCGAUGGCUUCGGGUGAGAGGUGCGAACGGUCCCCAAUUCCCUCCUCUCUACCUAACAAGAGUCUAUCAGCUGACCUGGUGGCACGGCAAAAAGUGGUCGAUAAGUACGUUCGGGACUUGACCGAUGGCUUCUCGGCUGGUCUCGAGGAUGCAUCGUGGUCCAGCAUCUCGAAAACGAGUCCGAGUGGGAAAACAGUGCUGAUCACGGGUGCAACUGGUAGCUUGGGAUCACACUUAAUUGCCCAAUUCGUAGAAUUAGCAGACGUCACUCGCGUUGUCUGCUUAAACCGACGCAGAGGAACCGACCCGGAAGAACGUCAAAAACAAGCCCUCAUCAAAAAAAGCAUCUCCUUAUCCGACAAAGCUAUCAGUAAGUUAAGCGUCUUCGAGACAGAUAUGGCAAAACCCAACCUUGGCCUACCUAUCGAGGACUACAAAAACAUUGUCGAUAGCGUCACUCAUAUUGUCCAUAAUGCGUGGCUUAUGAAUGCGAAGUGGCCACUUCGUAAUUUUGAGACGCAGUUCCAAAUCAUGAAAAAUCUCCUCAAUCUUUCCCGCGAGAUUUCUAUUCGGCGCGCUCUAGGUACCAAAGUCACCUUCCAAUUCAUUUCAUCCAUCGCUACUGUUGGUCACCGACCCAUCUGGUCAGGCGAGCCAGUAGUCCCCGAGGAACGCAUGACGAUCGAGUCGGUGUUGCCUACAGGAUACGGCGAUGCCAAAUACAUCUGCGAACUCAUGCUUGAUGAGACGCUACACAAGCAUCCUGAUCGUUUCCGUGCUAUGGUGGUCCGACCAGGGCAAAUAGCAGACAUGGGUGAAUCUCGUCAAGAGCUGGUAGCAUGGCUGAACAGCCUUCUUCAGCUAAACAUCACCAAAGUUGAACAAUGUGGUACUGGUGCCGCUCUCUGCCAGGUCUUCGACAGCAUCUUCCUCGAUGUACCCAUGUCGCGUGUCAAAUUUAAUGUAAACACCGAAUACGCUUACAUCCAGAACUUCAAGGUCUUGCAAAACACAUUCGCCAAGCACAAUGUCGACAAGCCCAUCCCUGUCGAAGCCCUCUCCAAAUGCAAGAUGCAAGAUAACCUUGAGUUCUUACAAUGGACCAAGAGAUUCUGGGACCAGUAUUAUCCCGGCGGAGACUAUGAUGCUGUUGGACGAAGAAAGGGUGCUCCCCUUCCUGCCGGUGGAGCUGCUGCGCGAGCCACUGGGGGCGCCGGAUCAGCUGCGGCACGAAGAGGUGGUACGACUCCCACAACCGGACCCCGCGUACCCAAGGCUGGUGGCGGUGGUGCCGCUUCAGCUGCCCUGAUCCAAGAGAACGCGACAUUGAAGGAGACAGUUGUCGGCCUUGAGCGCGAGCGAGACUUCUAUUUCAGCAAGUUACGGGAUAUAGAACUCUUGAUUCAACAGGCUGUCGACGAAGAUCCCGAGAUCGAGAAGCAGGAAGAUGGACUUAUCAAACAGAUCCAGACGAUACUAUACUCGACCGAAGAAGGCUUCGAGAUUCCCGCCGAAGGAGAGGCACUGGACGACCAAGAGACGUUUUAA